AUGGAAGACUACAGUGGGAGCGGAAUGGAAUACCAAAACCAGUACCAGGACGCUUACGAUGUUUCGCCGAGUUUGAACAAUGGCGACGCACAGAAUAGCAACUCUCACGCGAGCGUGGAAAAUCAAAACAGUAACGACGGGCAGAAUAUCUCGCGUUCCACCAGUGCCCAGGGCGAUGCAGGAGACAGACCCCGGACCAAGAGAACUCGGGCCACAGGUGAGGCGCUCAAUGUGCUCAAACGCGAGUUUGACGAAAAUCCCAACCCAAAUGCUCAGAACCGGAAACGAAUUUCAGAAUUGACGGGAUUGCCUGAGAAAAACGUACGGAUCUGGUUCCAAAACCGACGUGCAAAGCAUAGAAAGACUGGGUCUGGCGUCACGGGCAGUGGCGGAGGCAGUGGCUACGCACACAGCCGAGGACCGGGAAGAAAUGGCAAUUCGGGCACAUCGACCGCAACGGACGUAAGCGCCGCUACAAACGCUGCUUAUCCAGCAGCAGACUUCGACCGCAUCCCGCUGGACACCAAUCCCAACUACUGCUUUUUGGAUGUGAAGUCUCUCACCGUGGGCACUUGGAAAAGGCUUAAAAGCGGGAAUUUGAAGAAAGAGGAACUUCCCACCAUAAAAAGCCUCUCUAAUCUCUCCCCCUUCUCUGUAAACGAAAUUAUGGCAAACGCUACGGAUCUAAUGGUGUUGAUAUCCAAGAAAAAUCACGAAAUAAACUAUUUUUUCAGUGCCAUUGCAAACAAUACCAAGAUAUUGUUUCGCAUUUUCUUCCCCAUAAACACCGUUGUAAACUGUUCUGUGGUUCUAAGCUCAGAAGAGUUACCAAGUCCUGCUCAAGAUGAAGACGAGGAUUCUCACUCCAAUGACGAAGUACGAAACAAAGAUCAGCUAUACGAACUUCGACUCAAUGUUACUAAAUCUCCUACUUUUGCUGUCUAUUUUUCGGACGGUGUAGAUCAGUACUCAUCGAACCAGUGGUCGAUCUGCGAGGAUUUCUCUGAGGGCAGACAGGUAAGCGAGGCGUUUAUCGGUGGAACCAACAUUCCCCACGUUAUUGUGGGGUUGAGGGAACACCUAGAUUUUAUGAAUGAAACGAUACAGGACUACAGCGGUAGGUCUCAGGACCCUAUGAACUCUUCCGAGUCGCAACCUCUCAUACUUCACCCCGAGCCUCAUUCAAUGGGUCAGCAACAGCAACCUUUUUUUGAUAGCUUCAAUGAUCAAGACGGAAUGUACGGAAUGAAUGAACAGAACAAUGGUCAGUUCGUUUCCUCAUCCACUGCGCAACCCCAUUCCUACACCCAGCAGCCUCAAACAUCAAAUGAAAAUGAACAUGUACCGUCCAACUACACUGAUCCCAACGUGCCACGAACUCCUGAUUUUCUCAAAAGUGACGUCGGGAAUGAAGAGCAAAGUGGUCUCAAUAACUUGUUGAUCUUCGAUGAUCAGAAUAAUUCAAGCACGAAGAAUGUUCCAAAUUAUUAUUGA